AUGAUUGGUCAGGAGGAUAGAGAUCUGCGUAGGGAGGGCUACACGGUGCAGGUGAAUGUGAACGACUACCUGGACAUCUACUGUCCCCACUACAAUGACAGCCAGCGCGUGGUGGGCACCGGGGAGCAGUACAUCCUCUACAUGGUCAGCUACCGUGGUUACAGGACCUGUGACCCCCAGCUGGGCUUCAAGAGGUGGGAGUGUAACCGCCCCCACGCACCAAUCAAGUUCUCAGAGAAGUUCCAACGCUACAGCGCCUUCUCCCUGGGCUACGAGUUCCACGUGGGUCAGGAGUAUUACUACAUCUCUACACCCACUCAUCACCACGGUCGCAGCUGCCUCAGACUGAGAGUUUAUGUCUGCUGCUCCACAGAUGAUUUUAACCCUGAGAUUCCUAAACUGGAGAAGAGUGUCAGUGGAAGCAGCCCAUCCAGGGAUCGCCUACUCAUCACCAUAGCGACGCUCCUUCUCGCUGCCAUCACCAUCUCCUAGCAACGGCCAUCCCAUCAGUAUCGCCAUGCCAACCAGCCAUGGGAGGGCUUGGGCAGGAGGGGUGAAGGAUGAGGAGGACUGAGGAUUUGGGGGAAAGGGGACAGGAGAUUAAGGGAACAUGGAAAAUAGGGAGUUAGAAGACCUUCUGAAUGACAUUGGUUGACAAGGUUUGUGAGUGUGUGUGUGUGUGUGUGUGUGUGUGUGUGUGUGUGUGUGUGUGUGUGUGUGUGUGUGUGUGUGUGUGUGUGUGUGUGAGCGGACUGGUGUUGGUGUGUGAAGUGAAGGAGGGAAGUUGGAAGGCUUCUUUGUGUGUGGUGUGUGUGCAUGUGUGGGUGUGUGCAUGCGUGUGUGUCUGUGCAUGCGUGCGCGUGUGUGUGUGCGUGCAUGUGUGUAUGCGCGCG